AUCCCAAGACCCAACCAUACUUUUCCCAUUUAUCUUCCUCUCGCCGCCCUCUUCUCUCCUCUUCCCGCCGUUGCAAGUUCCCUUUCUAUCAUUCAUCUUACCUCAAUUCUCAACUCUACCCUCUUCCCGAAACAACUCUUCCUCGCAUGCGGCGUCAGCACUAGCCCUUCUAACGGCAGUGUUUCCGUGGACUCUUCUUGGCCGGAACCCACAGCCUCUGUUGACUCCCUCACGGAUGAUUUCAAGAAUCAGAAUUUGGGCCCCGAUGCUAGUCUUAAUGAUAAAAUCGAUCAUAGCAUCAAUAACAAUUCUAAUAAGGUUAAAUUCAUGCUUGAAGAUCUGAUUGGGACCAUUCUUUUGUUAGAGAAUUGCCUGGUGACACCGGAACCGAUACUAUUCCCCGUCAGUGGCAAUCCAAAGGAAGAACCUGGUGCAAUUGUUUGCAGAGUUGCACAGUCCUUUCUUUGUUUUGGUUCCUAACAACUACAUGCUUCUAGAGGAAAAGAAGAUCUUGAUGUUGUUUGUGCUUAGAUGACUAUGCAAUUAGACAUCAUUUUCCUCAAAUCAAGAACAUGAGCAGAAGUGAGAGCUUACCUUUUAGUACAGGCAACGAAGAUCAUUCAGUCGUGGAUCCAACAUCAAACAAGUAUGUAGGUAAAUCCGACCUUCUGUAGAACAUGGCAAAGGUAUCUCUAAGUAAUAUUUUACUGUGCAUUGGGGUUGUAGAUGGUAAUGGUUGGCAGUUUGCAUCAAAUCAUCUUCCUUGAUUUCAUUAAAUGAUUAUUGUUCUACUCACUAAGGAUGACGCUUUAUGGGGAUUUGCUCUCCCAUUUCCUUUACAUUUGUUUUCCCAUCUAUAAGGGUGACCUUUGCUUGCAGCUAAUAUAACACUUUGGAAUGUUUUAUUUUGACUUGUUAGCUUUAUUUUAAUAACCGACAGAUUAAAUUUUUAUCCUGUUCCAUCUUAUGAAUAUCCUUUUGUCCAAGUAGUGUGGAAAGUAUUGAUUAUCUUGUGCCUUUCCUGCUGUUUUAUGUCAUGGAAUAUUUCAGCUUGGAUGGUGGAGGUUGCUGAACAAACUGCCUAUUUGGUUGCUAGCUGGCAAGGGUUCGGUUUUACUCCUGGUGUGCUGAAUACUUAUAAUAUGAGUAUAUUGGGUCUUACAAUUGAUUAUGGUCCCUUUGGCUGUUUGGAUGCCUUUGAUCCAAGUUACACUUCAAAUACCACAGAUCUUCCAGGUAGAAGGUACUGUUUUGCGAAUCAGCCUGACAUUGGCUUGUGGAAUGUUGCAUAGUUCACACUUCUCUGUCAGCUGCCCUCUUGAUUGAUGCUAAGGAGGCAAACUAUGCUGUGGAAAGGUAUUUGUAAACAUUUUCUAUCUGAAAUCCAUGCCUCCUUGCCAAUAUCUAGCGGAACAGCCUUCAGAGGAACUAUCAACUCAUCUUCAGGGAUGUUUGGAUCUGCUCUGAUAUUGGAAAGUAACCGGAAGAAAUUUGUGCUAUCGACUUUCUGUACAGCCUCAACUUAUGGCUGAGGAGGUUCAACCUCCUCUACAGCGAAAUUCGUGUGAUUUUGGGGAAGUGAGGAGGUUGCUUAAAUUAAUAGAACGGUCAUUCGAUGAGCAUCAGGGAAUGGAAAAAUAUGCUCGCCUGCCACCAGCUUGAGCUUAUUGACCAGGAGUCUGCAUGCUUUCUGUUCGUCAUAAGUUGCUUGCAUCUAUCACAAAUAUGGAAGUAGAUUUUUUAAACUUGUAUAUAAUUGUUGAAUCAAGUUUUUAUUGGGAGGCUGGACAAUGAAAUUGUUAAAUUUGGAGGAAGCGUUGGGCAUCUUAAUCAUGAAUUCAUUUUAUAAAAAUUUUCUAUAUUAAAAUGACUAGCCAAUUUAAUAUUGCAAA